AUUCGAAUGUCUAUCAGCUAGUGUUAGAGUUCCUGGAAAAAGCAAGUAGAGAGAAACCCAAAACCUUUGCAGUUGUAUUGCUGGGAGCAGCCCAGAGAAUUUUACUUCACAAGCAGCCGCUGGGUCAUCGUAUGCCAAAUACAACAGUUGUUCCAGAAGCAGUUCCUUUACUUCUACAAAGGAUUGUAGAAAUUCUCCAGAGGUUGCUGGUUGUCUCUGACUUUCCUCCGUCGUUCUCAAAAAAGCUCACUGACUUCUAUAACUCUCUGUUGCUUCCCCCGUACUGCCGCUGCUUUCUGUACUGUUUGAAUGUCUACCACUGGGAUGACUCUUUGCUGGUGUCUGUGUUGAGAGGCCAGAACAUCACUGGAGAGAGAGUUGUGAAGGGAAAGAAGGAGGUCCUGUGUGAGUCCAUACAAGUGGUUCUCGCACGAACAGAGAAGUUAAAGGAACAAAACAGAUACAGAGAGCUGGCUCGUUAUCUCAAGGUAGUGAGAACCAAUAACAGAGCAGAAUUGCAGAGGCUGAAAGAUCAGAUCCCGUUCUUCAUGUGCAAGCAUGGUGAUUUCACCUCGGCAGGUCACCACUUGUUUUAUUCUCAUGAAGUGAGCUGCUGCACUGCUUGUCGCCUGACCCCCAGGCAGUUUACCAUGUACCUGAAAAUCCUGAGAACUGGACAGGUGCCAGUUGGGAGCGAGCCCUUCUAUUCAGGGGUAUGGGAGACCCCCACAGGUCAUAUCCCUGUGAAGAAGAAUGAGGCCGUAAAAGUAGGGCUCCGAAUCUUGAAUCGCAAUGCACAAUUGUAUAUGAGUUCAGAUAGCUGGGCGGAUCUAAUCCAGGUUUCCUGCAGUGACUCGAAGCUGGCACAGGAUGGAAGCUUUAUCUGUGUGGCUUGGAAAGAACCAGAAGAGACAUUUCAACAGAGCAUUAGAGAAACCGCAGGUCAGGUCUUGAAGGAGCUGGAGACGAAGCAGGUCGUUAUUCUACCAAAACAGUUUUACACCAAUUAUUUCCCAGAUGAAGCCAUGCUGAUGCUUGUCACUCAAGCGCUGGUUCAAAGGCUGCUUCAUGCUCGCAUGAUCACAGUCCUCAACAUUGCCAUGGCUUUCAGGCGGAACAUGUGGGCUCUGAAAUACCUGUUCAAAAGCCUCAGUGUCAGAAUCGAUGUCCUGCAUGAAUUUCUUGAUUGCCUUAUCAAAGAUCUGAACGAGAAAAAUAACACGUUGCUUACCAGGACCUUGGAGCAGACAGAUGCAGAGCACAUCGGCCACUUCAUCUUUUUCCUAAUUUCGUUCGAGCACGCCAUGUUAAGGCCUAUUGCAAACAAGAUUGUAGACUUUCUGCUGGAACACUGGAAUGAGUUUCAGAAUUGCCCAUGGCAGCGGAAUCUUGCCACACUUCUUCAAAACCAGGAUGUUACGCACUGGAACACUUCGAACAGUUUCCUACAGCUGAAGAACAAACUGAGAACAAUAGUCUGAUCAUGUGUCAGACGGGUUCCUGGACCAUCCUGUCUUUACUGGACAAUAGCUCACUGGGCAAAACACCUCGCCGAGCAUUUAAAACUCUAAACUGGUAGCACCCAGUAGCAGGGCCAAAAGAAAAAAAAAAAAAAUUCUAUUUGGAUUAAAAGCUAAUUUUUGCCACGUACUGUACUUCUGUUUGC